AUGAAUACUUUACCGAUUCCUCUCAUCCGGAACCUCAUCCCGAGUGUAACUUUGAACAGAAUAAAUGCUACCCAUUUAUUGAAGCACCUGGAAAAUGUGUGUGAGCAUAUAGCCCUGGUGGGGAGGUACAGCAAGGGGAAGUCAACACGAAGGAGACAAAUGAGUGGGCAGUUAAAAAAGGUGAAGCGGAACAGGGGGGAAGGCAUCUCCACGAGCGGGACACUAGGAAGGAGUAAAUUAUUCGAUCAAGUGGAUGAGCAGUUUGACAAAGCUGUGGUUCUUCUUCCAGAGUUCGGUCCCAGUGGAAUCAUCCGAUUAUUGCAUGCUCUGCAGAGAAUAAAAUAUGAAAGAAGAAAGAGAAAAAAAAAUAACUUCCUUAAGUCGAUUGAGUACUACCUGCUGCGGGGUUCUGUUAAUGACAGGGUAUACGAUUUUUGGAGUCACCUAAAGAUAAAUGACACCAUCCUUCUAUUUAGGAUGUUCAUAAAGAACGACUAUUUUGAGCCAGCCCUGAUUUGCAGACUGAUGGGACAUGUACUGCACAAUAGCGAUUUCUGCCUAUCCUCUGACGUGGUGCUUUUCCUACGCUCCUAUCAUAUUUACCGAUGCAGAAUAAAGAGGAUUAGAAAGUGGAGGUGGAAAGAAGUUUCCCUUUCGGAUGACUGCCAAAGGAAGCUCCUUCACAUCAUUAUACGCAACAAGUUCGAUCUUACACACAAGGAGAUGUGCACCUUUGUUUGCCUCUUUUCAAUAUAUGGUCGUGUUUUUCCUUUCCCUGAGCGAUGGGAGAUUUAUAGCAAGUCGAUAGAACGUAUAGAGAACACCCAACUGGCUUACUCCCCAAGAGAGAUAAAAAAAUUCAUUCUGAGCCUCUUCAGGAUUAACUGCUUCCUCUUCGAUGGAGCAUGUGUACCCCGGAAUGAUGGUUCCAAGAUGGGAGUCCCUCAAGUGGGGAAAGCCCCCCCUGUGGGGAAAGACUCCCAUCUGGAGAAACUCCCCCUGGUGAAUCCCACCUUGCGAAAGUUAUUUCACCUUUACAACAACCACAAUACCGACGUUCGGGUGGAAGACGAGUUACGUGUCCUGGAGAGCGCCGUGCGGAGUCACUACUACCACUAUGACAGCCUCGAGAUGAUUCUCUUCCACAUAAAGAAUAACAUUGCCCAAUUGGGGCUUUCAAAUGGAGUAAAAUUUGUGCGUCUGGUUAGGAAGCUGCGGAAUGGACACUCCGCCGAUGGGGUGGCGCAUACAGAUGCGUGCGCGUCAGACACGGAGAAAGAAUUUGUUCGCCAUAUGCUGGACCAGAUUUUAACCAACUGCGCUGCGUUUUUCAGGGCCCGGUAUAAGUACCCUCCGCAGAAAAUUAGGAGCGUCCUCUCACUUCACCGUUUAGCGGCUGUGGCGGGGGAACCGCACCACGAGCUCACCAUUUUGCAUCGGUAG